CGCAGCAGCGGGCAGGGCCGAGCAGCCUCUAGUCCUCCUCUCUGUCUGUAUCGAUGAAGUUGUUUCAAAGAUGGCGGAUUUCCUGCCGUCCCGCUCCCUUUUAUCUGUAUGUUUCCCCAACUGUCUCCUCACGAGCGGCGAGGUAGAGCAGCUGCGGAAGUCUAAGGAGAUAGAUAAGUGUAUUCAUCGAGAUAAGACCUAUGUAAAACGGCUGGUGAAGAUCCUACUACUCGGAGCAGGCGAGAGCGGCAAGUCCACUUUCCUCAAGCAGAUGCGCAUUAUCCAUGGGAAGGACUUCGAUCAGAAGGCCAAGGAGGAGUUCAGAGCCACGAUUUAUAGUAAUGUUAUUAAAGGUAUCCGAGUGUUGGUGGAUGCUAGAGAGAAACUACACAUCGCAUGGGGCAACCCAUCAAACCGGAGGCACGGUGACACCAUGAUGGCCUUUGACACCCGGUCAGCGAUGUCUCACGGUCACGGCAUGGUGGAGGCCAAAAUUUUUCAGCACUUCUUGCCAUCCAUCGCCGCCCUGUGGGCCGACCAGGGCAUCCAGAAUGCAUAUGACCGCCGCAGGGAGUUCCAGCUGGGGGAGUCCGUCAAGUAUUUCCUGGACAAUUUGGAAAAGCUCGCACAGUCGGACUACCUCCCUAGCCAGCAGGACAUCCUCCUGGCCAGAAAACCCACCAAGGGCAUCCACGAGUACGACUUUGAGAUCAAGAACGUGCCCUUCAAGAUGGUGGACGUGGGUGGUCAACGCUCUGAGAGGCGUCGCUGGUUUGAAUGCUUUGACUCUGUCACUUCCAUCCUCUUCCUUGUCUCCUCCUCAGAAUAUGAUCAGGUGCUGAUGGAGGACCGACAGACCAACCGGCUGAGCGAGUCCCUCAACAUUUUUGAGACCAUCGUCAACAACAGAGUUUUCAGCAAUGUCUCCAUCAUCCUGUUCCUGAACAAGACAGACCUGCUGGAGGAGAAGGUGAAGCAGGUGUCCAUCAAAGACUACUUCCACGAGUUCUCGGGCGACCCCACAAGCCUGGCAGACGUCCAGCGCUUCCUGGUGGACUGCUUUCGCAAAAAACGCCGUGAGCAGCUGCUGAAGCCGCUCUAUCACCACUUCACCACGGCCAUCAACACUGAGAAUAUCCGUCUGGUGUUCCGUGACGUCAAGGACACCAUCCUCCACGACAACCUCAAGCAGCUGAUGCUGCAGUGAGGGGACUGACCAGGAGGAGGGAGGGAGGGAGGGGUGGAGGCAAAUGAAGAGUGGAAGUCGAGGUGCCUUUAUCCUUACCCUCCCCCCACCGCCGGCCUGUUAAUUAACCAGGCAGUGUCACUUUUGAACUUUGACUGUGUAUUAAAGGCACCACUACUACCGCCAUUCCCCCCAUCCACCCCCCACGCUUGCUCUCUUCCUUACUGAGCUUGUUCACUGUGACUUAUAACGGCUGCUUCUGACUCAGAGCUCCGACCACCCUUUGACCCUUAAAACCACUGUAAAUGACCUCUGCCCCUUGGACCUUGCCGACACCUUGUCGUAUCCUCCCUGUAUGUUUUGCUCUGAUUAACAUCCUUACACUGUCCCUUUAUUCACUGCUGCUCUGACCACUGUUGAUGGGGAUUGGGAGGGGCUUGUUUGGAAUUGGCGUGGCUGAGUAGCGGUUAAAGCCACCUGAGGGCGACGCUGGUGUCAGCAGCUCUGUUGCCAGAUGUCGCCUUCCUUUUGCAGAACAGUCCUUUUGUUUUGUUGCUGGGUUUACAUCUGCUUUCCACCAGACCUCAAUGAUGACAUCACCGGGGCGGGUGGGGUUUUCUUCUGAGAGCCGUGGAACAGGAAAGAACAGAACACGCACGCACACCCACACACACACACACACACACACACACACACACACACACACACAGAUAGGAAGUGUACUAGUUUUCUAAUCAUUUACUUUCUGUUUCUAGUCUAUGAAUAUACUGUAUGUACCUAUGCAUUUCCUUUAACUUAUAUUUUAUUAGGGUUUACACAUUGUGGAUGGGUGACUGCUGGUGGACUCUGUGCUCUCAGUUCGGGAGUUGAGAGAGCACAAACAAACACAACUAGACCACUUGUAAAAUAAGCCACCGUGCCAUCAGGCUAGAUAGGGUUCAUCAUGCGCAUCAUAUUUAAGUUUUUCUCAGGGCACAUUGUGAACCACUUGUCUGGGAUUUCAAGCCACAGCUCUCCUGGCUCUGCCCCUCCACAAGUCAACUACUACAGGGUCUUUUCACUGUAUGUCAGCAGAAAAGACUGGUCCAAAAAACUGUGGCCAUCUUAUACCUGGAACACAUUUUACCAUCAGGUUCUGGACUAUAAGACGCUGGUGACCCACUCUCCUCCUGGUAUUAACUUGUGAUCUGUACGUGGACGACCACAGACAUUUAUUUUUACAUCUGUUGUUAAUAAGUCGUUUUGCUACCUGCAUUCCUUUGAUUUCUCUUUGAUAAUUUGUUCAGAAUUUUCAACCAAAGAUGGAAACAUAUUAGUGUUUUCAAAUGUGGGGACUUCUGUCUCCUGAUCUAAUUUAGUGAACUGAAAAAAACAAGACGUGUGAUGAUAUCAGCUUUCAUUAAUCGAUUUAUUUUCCAUUUGCUAAUUAGAGCAUCACCCAGCAUAACCUGGGUUAGAGAAUCUAGGAAGUUAGACUGGCAGCAUUUAUAAAUCUAUUCACAAUACACGUAACAUGAACAGAUCUCGUGCUAAUACCAGGGCUACAUUGCGUCUGUGCGUUCAUUUGAAAAUAUUUUUUUCCCUUUCUGGGGUAAACGAUUUAUGCUUAAAAUUAUAAAGCAUAAUUUAGUUUGAAUGUUGGAGCGGUGAGCUGCUUUGACCAUUUAGUGAAUGGUUUCUCCAUGGGUGGUGAUGUAGGAUCUGAUUGAGGUUGAAAAUGGUCAUAUUUAUUCUGCAGCUCUGUGGAAUCUCAAAUCCAAGCCUGCAUUUCUUAUGUCUCCACUUUAUCUUACCACCUUGAGCAUAUAAUACAAGAGGUGAGGAGGCGGCUCGACCUCUGUUUUGCUGGCUCAGAAGAUACCUGUUGAUCCGGUCUGUCUUUCCCCUCCACACAUCCUGACCUAAAGAGAAAAGGGGAAAACCAGCCUGUAUGUUUCCGGCCACUCUCACUGUACUAUACAGGUUAUGUAAAGUUCACAUUGUCCUCUUAGCUAAUUUUCUAAUGUCUAAUUCGCUGUAAUGCAUCUCUCAGACCAACCUCACUCUCACCUGAAGAGUUGAUGUAACCCCUCUACAUAGAUGUCUUUUACGGAUUUACGGAUGGUGUUUAUUCAAAACCAAAACAGCCCCAUUAAUCUGCCUUCUCCAGUUAUGUCGAGAGAAUGAACACCUCCAGGUAACUGGUUCCACUGGUUCAUGCUAACACUUCAGCAGUAGUUAAUGGAUUAUAAUAAGGUGUAACACAAGCCUCUAAUGUCGUGAAGUUGGCCUGUGGAUGAGCUGUUGCGUCUCCCCCUUCAACAGAAAUGCUUUUAUUGAUUAAGGUCACAGUCCUGUGUUUGUGUUGGAACAGCGUCGUUCCAUAUGAACCAGCACAGCUCGACGCUAUUUUGUAGUCUUGAUAGUUGUAGUUAGAAAUGGCAGCUAAUCACUGAAAAGACCCUGUUUUUCCUGUAACAUGCUCCUGUGAUCCCACAGACACGGCCAUUCCCGCCUCCUCUGGCAGGUGGUCGCUCAUGGUGUCUUACCCCGUGUCUACACUGGAAGUGUCUCGGCCCCCUUUAGUCUUCUGUCUCAGUUUGAUUUUGCACAGGGUCGUAACAGCUUGAGUUUGACUCGUUUAACCAGUUUGUUGAGCUGCACCAACAUGAGAUUUUAAAUGCUUUAAGGCUUUAUUCAUGUCUUUUUAGUGGCUGGGUUAUGACCCAGCUACUGUCAAUUACAUGCCCUUGAUUGUUUUUCAAAUUCUAACCAAAAUCAAGAGUUUAACUCUGAUAUAUGAAUUCAACAUGGCCAUUGGGGAGUGUACAUAAUGCUCUGUAAUUAUGUAACUAACUCAAGGAAAGUGGAUUUCGUGUUUUGAAGACCCAAGCAACCAGUGUAGCUGCGUAUUUUACCUUUUGUUUUUUUGACAAGUCAUUUGGUUUUUAUGCCUGUGCGCCGGCAACAGGCCGUAGAGGCACCGUGUUUUAGGGUUGUCCAUUCGUCCCAUUAUAUGCAAUAUCUCAAAGCCUGGAGGGAAUGCUUUCAAAUCUUUACAAACAUUCACCUGGACUCAAGGAUGACAUGAUUAUAUAUUGGUGGUCAAACGUCAGUUAUAUUGAAACAAUUUUGGAAAAAAAAUAGUGUAGAUGGUAACUGCACUGUUCGGUAUUUCUAGUUUUUAUAGAAUCAAAUAAUGAAUUAAAACCAAACUUAUCAGAAACAUGACUAUAGUAUGAUAAGAACUCCCUUAAAUAACAGAAACCAUCUUUUAUUUUGUCUUAGUUUGAUCCAUGUCCCAUCUGCUAUCAUGUUGGAAGCAAGGUUUAUCACCGCGCUUAAGGGAGCUGUCAUGUCUUCCAUCAAUAGUUCAUGGAUUACACAGUUGAAAUGUGUUUUAAAAUUUUUAUACUGUGUACACGUUAAUAGAAGCCAAUAGGAAGUGUAGCCUAAUUUGUAAUUUAGUCUUAAAAUAUGACAUCAUCUUUGGGUCACACACUUCAGAUUUACUUCUGUUUAAAGCACAUUUACCUCUGUCUCCCAGGUAGCUGGCUGAGUGUCCCCAGCACAACUAAAACCCAGUGACUUGCUCCAUGCUAGCACACAUGCUGCCACUCAGCAUGUGUACUAGCAUGCAGCAAGUCACGUGGCUGAUUUCUGGUGUGCGUGCAUAUUCCCAACUUAAACAGAGGAAGUCCAGUGAAUUCUCCAAGCUUUGCAGUGCCAGUCAGCAUGAUUCUCCCUCCGUCAGCCCGUCUGCGACAGGGUGACACAGCUUCUUUGUGUGUGUCACAAACACACUGUCUCCUGUCUGCUGCUUCUCGGGCAGCAUAAAGCUUAAACCCAGCAGAGGCCUCAUUGUCUGGAUUCAGACCGCUGUGUCAUGUCGUAAGGACAGAAGAAAGCCUGUAGUGACACACACACGCACACAUGCAUGUCUCUCAAUAGUUGUGGGGUAACUCAUUGACAUAAUUGGCCUUCCCUAGCUACUUACCCUAGCCCUAAGCAUCACAACUAAAUUACUAACCCUAAUUCUAACCCUAAACUUAAAACCAAGUCUUGAAUUAGUGGCAAUAGUCAAAAAUGUCCUCAAAAUGAUGGUAUAGAACCAAAAUUGGUCCUGAUAACUAUAGACAGACAUGCGUGAACACACACACACACACACACACUUACACACAAAGUCACAGCAGAGCAGAGGCUGUGUCAGUGUACAGGCCUGUAUUUGAUACAAACUGGGUUUUGAUACACAGACAGUAAACUGUCCCACAGGUGCAGAUGGGUGGAACAUGAUGUUACACUGUCUCUCCUCCUCUGGCGCGUCUCGUUUUCCAAUAAUAUAAUGUCGUGACUCCACAUUCGAUCAGUUGACCUGUGGCCUGCACGAAAGAGGAGUCGCAUCCUUCCAAAGCACUUACGUUUUUUAAUUGACUCCCACCAUCUGAUGGGUUGAGAAAAGGAUCUGGAUUUUACAGAGGAGAAAAGAAAAAACUAUUCUGGGAUUAGAAGAAUUUGGUGAUAAAUAAACAAGCCUCCUAGAUGAAAGCACAGAAUUAAUUUCAGUUUGGACAGAGACUAACACAAGCUCAAUGUCCAUUCAAUGUUUUGACAAAUUCUGACAUUAAAUUCAGAAUCUCAGAACUCUUUCCCUUUUUUCUCUUGCAAACAGAUCAAUGGUGGCUGUGCUGUAAACGACUGUCUGCUGUUGUGUUAUAGGUCCUUGACGGGAUUGGUCUGCUUUAAACAAACAAGCGUGUACAAUGUGUGGUGUUGUGAAUGUCCACUGCGGAAGGCAGCGUGUUCACCACACGUCUUUAAACCUCCAAGAUCACUGUGCCUUUUGAGUGUCUUUGUCAUCUAGUCACCUUCAAUGCAUCCUUGGUUCUUUGACAUGAGAAAUGAUAGAAGCAGUCAUGUGAAGGAAGAAUGGAUUUAAAUAGCUGGAGAGAAAAGUGUAGCCGCUGUCUCCACCUGCUCCACCAGUCAGUGGACCAGUCACUGUGUAAAGUCAGAUUAUAAUCUGACAGCCUUUUUCUCAGACGGGCUCUGGCCGACCCCAAAGCCUAAUCAAAACUGAAACCUCAGCUCAACAUGACGGACCAGUUUGUCCCCUUUGUGCUCAGGGGCUGUACUGUGUGUUAUCUGUUGGAUUGUGGUCCAGGCUUUGUGAUGGGGGGCAGCAUAAUUCCUUGUUCACCAUGUACCUUCCAGCUUCCCACAUAGAGCAUGUUCAGACCUUGUAUUAACUUAACGGAUGUCCUAACCCUAACCCUGAGAUCUGUCAAUAGGUCCUGUGGUGGAGCGGCUUUGGGUUUGCUGGCCCUCAGUGCUGUGCUGUCACACCGAGGGCUCUGGUGGGAAUCAUUAUUUCUAAUCCGGGAUCAUUAAAGAUCUGCCUUUAACCCGGAGGCCUUGUUAGAGUUCUGCUCCAAAAGCUCCACGCUGAGCAGUGUCUUAUUUUUCUAAAACUGCCUUUGACUUUGCCUUUUAACCUUUUCCGCGAUACUGGUUUUCCUCACUGCAGCCUGUGUCUGACAUCAGCGCUCGGACUGGAACACGAUCAAUCAAAUAUUUCCACUGAGCGAGGUUGUAAAUAACCUGUGUCACCAACAUUGUCCAAACUAUGCAACAGCACUGGUCUAUUGAUGUGUUACAACUAAUCAUGAGCUCACUGACUGACGAUUCCCUUAAUGGUAGUGUUUUAUAGAAAUAUGAUCUGCCAAAUAUACUGAUGUUUUUGUGCCUCCUCUUCCAACUCUGCCUCUACUCUACCUUGACAAUGGUUUUAUAUAGUGUUUUUUUAUUAUGCCAUACAAGCAGUCUGAUGUCCACAUACUAAAUAACUCACAAGAACCACCUCCUUCCUAGUUUUGGUAUUUUCAGAUAUGUACAGUCUAACUUAUACUGUCUUACCCUUCUACUCUCCUAAAUAAAUCCAGCUGUUUUUUUAAA